UAGCCACAACAUCAACAAAGCAAACAUACUGUACACAGUAGUGCCAACAUUAAAUGGCUGCGUCCUCGUACUUCCUUCUUGCUGCUUUUCUAGCAGUAACAGCUUCUCAUGCCACCGCUUCCGAUCCUAGCCCGCUCCAGGAUUUCUGUGUUGCUGAUAUUCACUCUCCUGUGAAGGUGAAUGGAUUUGUUUGUAAGGAUCCUAUGGCGGUGAUCCCAGAUGACUUCUUCAAAGCAGCCAACCUUGAUAAGGCUAGAGACACCAUGAAGAGCAAGGUGGGGUCCAAUGUCACUUUGAUCAAUGUCAUGCAGCUCCCUGGCCUCAACACUCUUGGUAUCUCCCUGGCACGUAUCGACUACGCGCCAUUGGGCGAGAACCCGCCGCACACCCACCCACGUGCCACGGAGAUCCUCACGGUUCUCGAGGGGACACUGUACGUCGGGUUUGUCACCUCCAACCCAAACAAGCUAUUUGCCAAGGUGCUCAACAAGGGUGAUGUGUUCGUAUUCCCCCAAGGUCUCAUCCAUUUUCAAUUCAACCCGGUCUAUGACAAGCCGGCCGUUGCUAUCGCGGCGCUCAGUAGCCAGAACCCUGGGGUUAUUACUAUCGCCAAUGCGGUCUUUGGAUCAAAGCCACCGAUUUCGGAUGAUGUCUUGGCCAAGGCUUUCCAGGUGGAGAAGGGGACGAUUGAUUGGCUCCAGGCUCAAUUUUGGGAGAAUAACCACUACUAAAUAAAUCACAUAUGACUUAUCAUAUAAAACAAUGCUUUUUACAUAUGCACUUUGAGUAACAAUACAACUACAUGUUUUUAGGUUUCAUGGUAAAAUAGGCCCUAAAAUAAAAAGGUAGAGGUUCCAGUGUUUUGGGUGCUAUUUUGUAUCGCAUGAUUCUUGGUGCAAUGACCUCUAUGGAAGUUCUAAAUAAUAAUCUUCGCUCUUGUCGUGGGUUAGAUUUCACUAAA